UCGAUAUUCGCACGACGAAGAAGAAGAACGACCGACGAGACUGCGCCAUGGGCUACCUUUGCUGCAGCAUCUUCUCCUUCGCGGGCGCCAUGUUCCUCCUCUGCCUCGGCGCGCUCCUGCGCCUUCAGCCGCGCUUUAUUCCAAAGGUCAAGACGCCGCAGUCGUCGUCAGAUUCGUGCUUUAUAUCGGCUGGCGUCUAUGGCGUGCUCUGGAUUGUGUGCAUCGUUCUGUGGCGGCGGCAGCUCGCGCGCCUUCGAUGUGCGAGCCUGAAAGAGCCGCUGCCCUCCGAGCUCUUUGGCACGACCAUGUCGUACCACGACUGGGACGAUCCGCUGGAAGAAGUCGCGCCGCUCGUGGACAAGCCCAAGCAGCGACUCAAGCCGCCGUCCAUCCAGCACGCGUAGACAGUCGAUACGAGCCUACUACCUCCUCCAAUCCAGCCUUAUUUGUCCGAUAUGCACCGACACGCAACACAUCGGCAAC